AACGGCAAUGGCAACAAUUGGCAUUAUGUCUUAUGGUAUGCCGCCAAAUUUAAAGCUCAAAAAUACCUUUAAUAAAAUUACAAUUACCACGAAUAACAACGCGGGAAUCUUAAGUGACAAUUCGAGCAAUAAACUUGUGAUCAAUAGCAAUUCGAUUGUGAAGAAAAUCAAAGAUUUUGGAAUGAUAGGCAGUGUGAAUAACAGUGGUGCCGUUAUAAUGAGAAAAAAACAAAAGCUAAUUCCGUUGAAUACGUCCAAUUGUGAGAAUGUCCUUCCACAAAGUCAGAGUGGAGGGAAGCAACCUCCAGCGAAAAAGAUGAAAAUUGCAACGAAAAGUGCUGAACAAAAGGCGGGAAAAUCGGGUGGCGAUGAGUUGACGCUAGGAACUCCAGGACGAAAAGGAUUACCAGCUCCUCAAGCAGUGGCUCGCCGCAAUGCUCGUGAACGAAAUCGUGUGAAGCAAGUUAACAACGGUUUUGCCGCUCUCCGUCAGCAUAUUCCAGAAGAGAUUGCAAAGGCUUUCGAACCUGUUGGAGGUGCAUCGGUUACGAAAGGAGCAUCGAAGAAGCUUAGUAAAGUCGAGACCCUUCGAAUGGCCGUGGAAUACAUCCGUGGUUUAGAAAAACUUCUCGGCUACGAAAUACCUCCUGUAUCGCCACUUUCUGCUGAUGAUGGAUGCUUUGCCAAUAUAAAGGAUGAAUUCGGAUCAAACUCACCAAUGAACGAUAACUUUGACAACUACGAUGACAGCAAUGGAGCCACCGAUUUGGACCAAGAACAGGAUCUCGAUUUCUCACAAAUGACUGAAAGUUUGCCCAACAUUACCACUCUAAAUGGACUGCAAUACAUUCGAAUUCCAGGAACAAAUACCUAUCAAUUAUUGACCCCUGAUAUCUUUGGCAACGAAGAGAAUUUCGUUCCCUUAAUCGACACUAAUUGUUAUCCCACUAAUGAUGACCUAACGAGCGAGGAUAUUCAGGUUUCCAUGAUGGCUGCAGUUGCACCUGCAUCGACCCCAUCCGAAAUGACGGUGGCACCUACCUCAACGACUUCGUCGAUGUGUUCGCCCCUAUCGUCAACGUCGAGUGUGUUAUCACCUGCGACCGGUGGUGUUUUAGUACAACAAACUAUGUCGCGUGCCACCAAUGACCUCUGCAUGAUGCCUCCCCAAUAUCAGACGAUGCACGAUGCCCCCCACAAUCAACAUCAUCAGCAGCAACAACAACAGCCGCAUGAUAAUCGCUUGGCGGCACACGUCAAGAUAGAACCUUCAGAUAUUGUUUACCAACAACAUUUACUGGGAAAUUUGUCACCCCAUGAUAUGGAGAGUGCUAGCCACGGUAAUUACAUAGCCAUUUCGUCAUCUUCACCAGGUGAAAAUAGUAAUGAGGAACACAGUUUGUACGAUAAUGUUGUCUAUUUGAAGAAGGAGCUUAACGAUGUUGUUCUAGAUACAUCUACAGCUGCGCUCUCGGAUGAAAGUAUGAUGGAUGCCAUUGAUUGGUGGGAGGCUAACACACCCAAGUCUGAUGGUGGACAUAUUUUGUAG